AUGGAGGAUAUUCAGCAAUAUCAAUAUACUGCUCUUCUCGAGCCUGAUGCAUUUCGUAUCAUCGUCAUUCACCAUGCCUUAUCCAUCGAAUCACCUUUAUCAUGCAGCUUAACUUAUUCUACCCUGUUCCAUUACGAUCAAUCUCUCAUAGAUCAUUACAUAGCGCUUUCUUACGUCUGGGGAGAUGCAAAUAACAGAAAGAUAAUAUUGGUCGAUCAGAAACCACUACUUAUCAACGAAAGUCUUGAUUCAGCAUUACGGCAUCUACGAGAUAAAAAGGAAGAUAUAUCGGUAUGGGCAGAUGGAAUCUGUAUAAAUCAAUUCGACUUUAAAGAAAAGAAUAAACAAGUUAGUUUGAUGAGCUUGAUUUAUGAAGUUGCAAGGCAUACUGUCAUAUUCCUUGGAGAGACAACUUCAGAAACUGAUGAAAUCUUUGAAUUACUUGAUUCUCCAAUGUCACCAAUGAUGAAGCGAACGAAACCUACCUUGGAUCUACACUCAGAAGAAUAUACAAAAUCAAAGAUCGAUGAUCUAAUUCGGCAGGUGAUAGACAUGCCAUGGUUCAGAAGAAUUUGGAUUCUCCAAGAACUAAUCCUUUCCGGUGAUCCUUGGGUACAACAUGAUUCUGCUUUGGUCAAGUCUCCAAAUCAUAAUGUUCUCAAUGAUAUGCGCAUGUUACGGGAAAAUUUUAUAUCAGGGACUCCUUAUUCCUUCGGCCCAUGCGACUAUCUGCUCAAUAUCCUCCACUCACGUCGUGGUUAUGGCGUCUUCAACCCAAGAGACAUGUUGUACGGACACCUCGCCUUAUUUGCAAAUCAAUCAAAGAGCGACGAUCCGGAAAUCGAAAAGCUCGUCGAAAUCGAUUAUCGAAAAUCAAUAACAGAUGUAUACACGGACUUGGCAUUAUAUAUUUUAAAUCGACAAUGUAAUUUUGAGUUCCUGUCGCACUUGGAAGAUGUGAAUUUUGAAGAAAGGAAAUAUAAUUUGCCGACUUGGGUACCGGAUUGGACUUCUAAAGGAAUUUCCAGCAAAAUGAAGGGGAGUUGGGGGACGGUAUUGGGCUGCAUUGGAACAAGGGUUGGUGGUGUGGAGAGGAUCAAAAAUGACAUUCCGAAGAGGAAGGAUGUUUUUGCUUUGUGUCAUGAAAUCAAGAAUUUGCGUGGAGGAGAAAGUUCUCCAUUUCAACUAUUUCUUACUGAAAGGAAAAUACUUAAGCUCGUCUGUGGAUAUUUCUGUGCGUGGUUCAAUACCCCAGAGACUUCACCCUAUAAUUUUAUCCCAGAAGAUUUAGCACGACUCCUUGUAGACGUCUACUCAAGGUCCACAAAAACUUUCUUCCAAAGAAUGGAACUGGUAUCCAGAAUUGCGGAUCCCGCAGAUCUAGAGCCGUUGAGAAAUUACUCGGAAGUGUUCGACGCUCAACGACACCAGAAAGAUUUAUGGAUGCACAUAUUAAUGGCCAUGACGGAUACCAGUGGAAAUAUUUUCAAGGGCAAGAAACUUGCUGGCUUGGGCAAUGGGAGAAUUGCACUGGUGAGUGUGCGGGCGGAAGUAGGAGAUGAAAUUUGGAGGUUUAAUGGGGAUGAAGAGGGGCCGUAUUUUGUCUUGCGGCUUUUUGAUGGCGACGAGGUCGUUGGGUUAAUUGAGAAGAAGGAAAAGGAUGGGGAAAAGGAUGGUAUAGCGGAGAUGGAUAGAAGGUUCGAGGCAUUCUUUAGGGAGAAAAAAACGCAGUCCAUGGAGCGAUAUGUAGAGUGUAGGAAUGAUGGACGAAUUGUUUGGAACAAAAGGAUGUUGGAGACAGAGGCGAAUAUGAGGUUUAUGAGAGAAAUUUCUCACAAAACUAUGAGAAACUCCUUAAUGAGAGCAGCACGAGUAUUGGCAAAACUCGAGAGCGAGGUGAAUGACGAUGGGAAAAGGAAGAGGGAGAAGGAGUUGAAAGAGAACUUGAAGAAAAAAAUGGAAAUGGUUGUUGGGAAUGUGCUCCAAGAGAUACAUGAUAAACCUCGUGAUCCGUCUCAUGCGAAUCGUGCUGGGAAGAUUAAGAUGGAGUUGAAAAGGAACUUUAAAAGAAGAAGGGAAAUGGUUGUUGGGAAUGUGCUCCAAGAGAUGCAUGAUAAACCUCGUCAUCUGUUUCGUGCUGGGAUACAUCAUGAUCAAUUGCAUGAGAUAACAGAUGCGGAUGUGAUGCUUUUGAGAACAGAUGUGGAUGGGACAAGGAUGGAGAGGGGGUGGUGA